UGAUAAUAAAUCUCAAUUUAAACAAUUUGUUUUUAUUAAAAUUUAAACUGUUAUCAUUGUUGAAUAAUUAUUAAAAUGCAAAUAACACGUCUUACAAGAGUGGUAAAGUAAUCGUUUUAAACUAAAAAUACAUUUCUAUCGUACAUCGGUAAUUCUUGCUUCCCAGACAGUAAUGUAAAUUAUAUGCAUAUGACCUCGGAUGUGAACUCAUUCGGAAAAAUUAAUACGCAUGCGUAUAGUGCAUAAUAUUGAAAGAGAUGUCGGCGGCAGUGAAAUUAAAACCAGGGCCCAAGCGUAAGCUGACGGACUCGGCCAGGAAACUCAAAAAGAAGGUGGCCAAUGCCAAACAAAAUAGAAAUAGAAUUUACAUAGGCGAUCAGUACGAAAGAUGGACCCAACUGAAGGCCGAUCUCCAUCUCGGCAACAACGCCGAAGUUGCAAAGACGCUCCUUGACAGGUACUUUGCAACCCAACCACCAAUUAAAUAUCAGGUUGAAGAAAUUCAAAGAACUCCAGUGAUUGCAGUGCAAGCUGGUCUCUCAACACCAGAGGUUAAAUAUGUGCAGACUUCAACACCUGGACCUUUCUAUACAACUCCCGUUCAUCAGUUUGCUUGCCCUGUCUCAGAUAUUUCUUCUGAAUUCAGCACUAGGGAUGAGGAGUUAUCUGGAGUGGAAGCAUUGCCAACAAAGAGGCGGAAACUUCAGAAGACAGCACUGUCAAACAGUUUUCUUUAUAGUUCACAAUUGUCUAUAAUUGACAUCACUGAUGAUCAUGAGGAUGAUGAUUCUGAUGAUUCUGAUUAUGAGCCAAGCUUCAAUAUAAGUUUGAGACCCAACAGUGCCAACUUCACCUCACUUGGAAUAGAAGAUAAUUCUGAUGAAGAAGAAGACAGUGACAAUGAAGUCGACGAUGACAUUUGUCAGCCAAGUACUGAUUCUCAAGACAUGGUAAAGAUUACCAAAGCAGAAGACAUUACAUCAGAUCAGCCAUUUUUGGUGUACAACCAGUGUCUGAUGAAGCUUGCAGCAGUCAACAUCCCAAAAACCUGUACAGCAAAAAACUGUGGAGCAGAGGUCUCUGUCACCAGGAAUAUCAUUGGAUCAGCACUACAUUUGAAAUGGGUUUGCGGGCAUAAGCAUGAAUUGUAUGAGUGGUGCUCCCAACCCAUUUUAAACAGAAGGAUGCACAGUGGGGACUUGAUGCUUGCCUCAGCCAUUUUGCUCUCUGGAAAUAACUUCAAGAAGAUUGAAUUGAUGUGUAAAUUUUUAAAUUUUCCAAUUAUGAGUAACACCACCUUCCAUAAAAUACAGAGGACGUAUCUUAUUCCAUCGGUUGAUGAGUUUUGGGCUGAGAAUCAAUUGGAUACCAUCAACCAAUUCCUUGGUGAAGAUUUGGUCAUCCUUGGAGAUGGAAGAAUGGACAGCCCCGGACAUUCUGCACAGUUCUGUUCCUAUACCUUUAUGGAGUAUAGUACGAAAAAAAUUCUAUGUGUGGUCACCAUGGACAAAAGAAUAACAGAACUCAAGAGCACAAAUUUAGAGGAAGCUUGUUUCAUAAAGGGUCUUAAUUUCUUGCUUGACAGUGGUUUGAAAAUCGUCGAGGUGGUCACAGAUGCCCAUAAUCAAAUUGCUGCAGUGAUGAAAAAAGACUACAAGCACAUUCGCCACUCAUUCGACAUAUGGCACGGUACCAAGAACUUAGGAAAGAAAAUAAUGUCGGUUGGACAAGAGACUGAUAAGAAGGAACUACUGAAUUGGACAAAAGAUAUAAUGAAUCACUUUUGGUAUUCUGCUCAGAUCAGUGAAACAUAUGAGGAAUUUAUUGGUGUCUGGUUUGGGCUUCUUCACCAUGUGACGGAUGAACAUGAGUGGAUACUGGCAUAUGGACCCAGUGCAUCAAGCUCUUGUAGUCAUGGUCCACUAACAGAGGAGAGAACGAAAGGAUGGCUUCAGAAGGGCUCACCAGCACAUGUUGCUUUGCGUUACAUUGUUAUGGACAAGAGAAGGCUCAACCAAGUUCACUAUUACUUGAAUUGCAGAAUUAUAGCAGAGUUGGAAAACUUCCAAAAUUUGAUUUUGGUGUAUGCCUCCAAAAGACAUUCCUAUAGUCCCCCAACAUACAGGGCAAGGAAUUAUCUUGCAGCUCUUGACCACAAUGGUCACUGUGAGAGGGAAGCAAAGAAAAACAAGGAUGGUUCUAUAAGGUAUCAAAGAUCCUUCAAUAAAAAAAGCGGCGUCUGGUCUGUACACGAAGUGAAAGCUGAAAAAAACUACCCCUACAUUCCGGCUUUGAUUCAUAAAAUAAUCACAAAGAGAUUGGAAGAUGCUGUUGGAAUGUCUCAAAAUGUUGUUUUAUCAGCAGAUGAUCCUCGAAGAAUUUCCAAGACCUUGGCACCGAUUCCUCCACCUACAACUCGUGAACUUGUUCUGAAACGGAAAUCUAGAUUUGUUGAUCAAUCCAAAUAAGUCUCUAGAUUGUUCUUAGGACUAGUUAGAUCCAUUAGGCUUUUGACUUUCAUGGAGAACAAGAAGUUUUAAUUUUGAGCAGUUAUGCUUACUAGUAGUACUUGUUAUAGUUAUAUACUCUGAUUUGAAUAAACCCUCUUAUCUUGACAUUGAAUUCAUGCAAAAAUUAAAUCCCACUAUCUGACUUGCCAACAGAAAAUUUCAAGCAUCUGCAAUAUUGUGUUGAGAAAACUCCCAUUAAAAAAUGUUCAUUCAUACGCACGGACACACAGACAGACACACAAGUAAAGACAGUCUACUCCCUUCCCUUCUCAGUGGGGUAUAAUAAAAGUUCAUAAAUAUGAAUUUACAGGAUUGUUAAUCAUUUUCUAGCGAGUUAUUGUCAUUCUUCAAUAUUCUUUGACUACAUGUAAUACAUAUAAUUGAAGUGUACACUGUACAUACUGUAAAAAGGUCAUUCUAAAUGUGCUUUGCAUUUACUGGCAAGGUAUUUUUGAUCAAUAAAAUAUGUUAUAUGUGCAUUGUAUAUAAAUAACAAUACUGUAUGGUAAAUUUCAUGACAGUAAUGCAACUGUACUAAGGAUUGCAAACAUUUGGUAUAUAAUUAUAUUUUUUAUAUUCAGUUCUGUUGUUGUAUUUCAAAAGUAAUCCUUCACACCAAUGUUUACAUUAUUUAUGUCAGACAGUUAUCAUCUACCAUCUUAAAUUCUUUCACUUGAUUGUUGCUAUAUUACUAAAUGUACUUGUAUGUGUUUUCUAACAAAAACAAAAAGUUUA